AUGCAAGGUUUCAACAAAACCACUGUGGUUACACAGUUCAUCCUGGUGGGUUUCUCCAGCCUGGGGGAGCUCCAGCUGCUGCUUUUUGUCAUAUUUCUUCUCCUAAACUUGACUAUCUUGGUGGCCAAUGUGACCGUCAUGGCCGUUAUUCGCUUCAGCUGGACUCUCCACACUCCCAUGUAUGACUUUCUACUCAUUCUUUCAUUUUCUGAGUCCUACUACACUUUUGUCAUCAUCCCUCAGCAGCUGAUCCACCUGCUCUUAGACACCAAGACCAUCACCUUCAUGGCCUGUGCCAACCAGCUCUUCUUCUUUCUUGCCUUUGCUUGCACCAACUGCUUCCUCAUGGUGAUGGGAUAUGAUCGCUAUGUAGCCAUUUGUCACCCUCUGAGUUACACACUUAUCAUGAACAGAAGGCUGGGGUUGGGGUAUUCUCUCUCAGGAGCCACAAGUUUCCUUUUUGCUUUGGUGGCCACCAACCUCAUUUGUGACAUGCCUUUUUGUGGCCCCAACGGGGUUAAUCACUAUUUCUGUGACAUGGCACCUUUUAUCAAGUUAGCCUGCACUGACACCCAUGUGAAAGAGCUGGCUUUAUUUAGCCUCAGCAUCCUGGUAAUUAUGGUGCCUUUUCUGUUAAUUCUCAUAUCCUAUGGCUUCACAGUUAACACCAUCCUGAAGAUCCCUUCAGCUGAGGGCAAGAAGAAGGCCUUUGUCACCUAUGCCUCACACCUCACUGUGGUCUUUGUCCACUAUGGCUGUGCCUCUAUUAUCUACCUGUGGCCCAAGUCCAAGUCUGCCUCAGACAAGGAUCAGUUGGUGGCAGUGACCUACACAGUGGUUACUCCCUUACUUAGUCCUCUUGUCUACAGUCUGAGGAACAAGGAGGUAAAAACUGCAUUGAAAAGAGUUCUUGGAAUGCCUGUGGCAACCAAGAUGAGCUAA